GCCAGACGUGCCCCUUUAUGCCAAAGGUCACAAUGGCAAAGCCAAAGACGAUAAAGGCAGCUCCAGUGUCUGAUGUCGAGGCUUCGUCCGUGGUGACAGCACUAGUUGUCUCGAAGGAGGAGGCGGAAGCUGCGAGGUUGGCAUUGCAACAACUCCAACUGGCCGAAAUCGACAGACAGCGCAUGUUGUAUCAAGUGCAGGACGAGCGACAGAGGAUGGUAGCUGCCGAAGUAGAAUCGCACUACCUCCUUCUUGGCCAUGCAUUGACAUCUCGAGCCAACUCGAUGGGCGCUGCCGAUGCAUUCCGUCAUCGUGUGGUGUCCGCAUUGUGGCUAGGCGUGGUCUGCGAUUGCCCAUACAACAAGGACUCGCUUCAGUGGGGCUUUCACGGUGCUACCGUGCUAAGCGUCGUGAUGUCUGUCCUUGUGGGUGAGACCAAGUCACCAGACCUGAACGGCAUCCAUGCUGGCUUUGGUGCACUGUUUUCACAGUGGCACCGACAUGUAGCUUGGUGAUGCUUGGGGGUGAGAUGCUGAGCAUCGCAAGACGAAUUAUUCCAAGUUGAUGAAUCAAUGUGGUUUGCAGGGGUGCUGGCUGCGUCAGGUCAGCCACCAGUACUGUCGACGUACGAGGCCGUGGAAAUCGCACACUUGCUAGAAACUCCUGCUACUACCGAAACAUCCGUGCCCCACGACACGCUUCUGUCGCGAGCACUUGCCCUUGUGCUGUUGCAUGCAGUGGCCCCACGUCGCGCCAUGGAUUUGGCGAUGGCAGUGGCCAAGAACUCCCCGCCUGAAACCCGCGACGUAGUUCGAUACCUGAGCAUGCUGGUCUUGGGAAGUGUUCAAAACACAACCAAAGAAGCAUUAUUGCGGCCAUACUUUAUUGCCCAUGGCUUCCCCUCUGACUUUUGGACGACUGACCCCCCUUGCGCCCCCGUUCGACGGGUCAUAUCAAUGCUGCCAACCGUUCAAGUUCCUGCUGCCUAUUUCCCCAACGCCCAUGUAGUCACGUCGUUUCACGUGAUUUUAAGCGUCUUUGGCACGACUUCGUCCAUUUCAGACGGGCUGCGCAAUCUCGACGAGUAUCAGCACCCCCACUCUGCUGUCGCAACAUCACUCGGCAUUCUCUGGGGGGCCACUUACGGCAAUGCCAAAGACACGAGCCACGACCCACACACGUACAUCAACACAGACAAGCCCAUCAUACUUGAGGACCUCUUACACGUGAUCAUUCAACACGGCUACGUCUACGCGUUACGAGUGAAGAACACUACCGCCAGUCGGCAAACAUUGACCCCUGCGCUUGAGAUUGCAUGGUCAUUAUACGCAGCUGCGUCCAAGGCCUUCCACCCCAUCGCCACACGAGCCCACGACACGAUUCGAUCGAUGGACCCGUGCUCCAUCGAGGACGUCGAAGCCAUCCGCCGUCAAAGCCCUGGCAACAUGGAUAUGGAGUUACGUCCGUACAAUGCUCCCCCUGACAUGGCCGCAGAAGUGGCCGAUUUUUGGGUCAUCUACGCUAGUCGUGUGGCUACCCUGGUGCCUCCUCCCCCCCAACCAGUGAUCAUACCGCCCCCCCUUACUCUUGAACAACCCUCAACAAGUGGAAACCUUCUUGCGGAGACCAAGGUAGAUACCAGCAUGGCAAAAGCAGGUCACGGGGUCGCUAAGUCGCCCAGUGACAAAGCAGUGGCGAAUGCCCAAACGUCUCCAGGACGAGGGUCGCCACCGAGACCACCGAGUCCACAAACGACCAAAAAGGCAUCCACGAAGCGAAGUAAGAAGGCGCUUGUGCUCACGCCCGACGAGAUUGCAAGACAGGAGCUUCGGCUGACCUUUACCGAUCGAUAUGCCCAUGUGCGCGAGGCUAUUCAGGUGCAUUUUGCAACGUUGCUCAGCACCUUGACGGGGCAAGUAAACGCCGCCUUUCGACGGCACGAUGCCGUGGACACGUGGGCUUCGAGGUCUGCUAUGGCCACGGCGUUGCUGGCCCACCAAGACCAGUUACAGCAACUGCAUGAGAAACUGCAAGGAGAAGAAGGGAGCCACCAUCUCUCCAAGGCGACCAUGGCAGACAUGUGCAACUUGAGCAGUCUCUUGACCCUCAAAACCAACAUUUGUCGUCCCGAUACUAUCCACAACACGUAUUUUUAAAUCAGUUCGAAUCGUCGUUCGCGCCACCCAAAUUGAU